UGUCACUUGACGGUAGCAGUCAUAGGACGUGCUGUUUACACAGAGUGCACCUGUUGGUAUGCCCCGCAUGAGACAGAUAGCCUAUAUAUCUACUGGGGCAGAUAGCGAAGUGUUCAUAUUGGGUUGAGGAACGGCGACGAUAUGAAGUUGUUAGUGCUAAUCCUGAUUGGCUUUGCGGCGGCAACGUCAGGAAGUAGAGAGUCCUACACCGGUCGCCAGAGACUCGUCGGAUAUUGGGGUCAAAAUGGGGCGGGCCCCGCUAACGGCCCUGCGAACUACGAGAAGUCUCUUUACAAGACCUGUCUGACCACCAAGUACGACAUCAUCGCUCUCGCGUUUGUCACCGGGUUCUGGGACAAGAGGCAAAAAGGCGAGCUCCCGGCAUUGAACUUCGCUUUCCACUGCGAGGAUUCCGUAUCGACCGACUACCCUUUCCUGCUGCGUUGCCCCGAGAUCGAGAACGGUAUCAAGGAGUGCCAAAAGAUGGGUAAGAAAGUGCUGAUGUCGGUUGGUGGCGCCACGGGGGAUGGGACUCUACCAAGCCCAGCCAAGGCCAAAGAACUUGCCAAUACCUUCUACGAUCUCUUCCUUGGUGGGAGCAGGUUCGACGGCACUACGAACCUCAGGCCGUUUGGAAGCGCUGUGCUAGACGGUAUUGACCUUGACAUUGAAGGAGGAAGAGGAGACCACUACGAGCACUUGAUCCGCGAAAUGCGUCGACUCAUGGACGCUGACCUGUCUCGGGAAUAUCUGAUCACGGGCGCACCCCAGUGCCCAUACCCCGACCAUUACUUGGGGCCUGGGGCCGGAACAGGGCUUGGUGAGGCAGGAGAACUUGUGGACCAUCUGUACAUUCAAUUCUACAAUAACUACUGUCAUACCGGUGCCGGCGAUUGGUUCUACAAGACCUUGAAGCAGUGGCUGGACUUUGCCAACAAGCGAUCUCCACGUGGGCCACUCAUAUUUGUCGGUCUUCCCGCGGCGACUGGUGGCGCGAGCGGCGCUCAGUUCUACAGACCGCCUUCGGAGCUCACAGCAAUGUAUCAGAAAGUCCGUGAUCUUCCCGGUAUUGGAGGGAUCAUGCUGUGGGAUGUUUCCUGGGAUCAGAACAACGUGAUCAGCGGUAAACGCUACUCCGAGUACGCAUUUUCAUUGCUUAAAGGCUCAACAGUGACUGCUACCAAUCCCCCUGUCGUGCCUGGAGUGACCACUGCCGCCCCUCCUCUACCAGGACAGACUACCGCUGCACCCCCCGUCACUCAGCCGCCAGCCCCUCCAACCACAGCCGCACCUUCAGGCCCAUUCACUUGUACUGGUAAAGGAGAUGGCCAUUAUCGCGACCCAGACAACUGUGCCAAGUAUUACCAGUGUGUCGGCGGCAGAAUGUACACCUUCAACUGUCCUGCAGGACUUGUGUUCAACCCGGCUAACAACAUUUGUGAUUGGCCGGCAAAUGUCACAUUGGUAAAGAGUGUUUACAUUGGAUUGAGGAACAGCGACGAUAUGAAGUUGUUAGUGCUGAUCCUGAUUGGCUUUGCGGCGGCAGCGUCAGGACGUAGAGAGUCCUACACCGGUCGCCAGAGACUCGUCGGAUAUUGGGGUCAAAAUGGGGCGGGCCCCGCUAACGGCCCUGCGAACUACGAGAAGUCUCUUUACCAGACCUGUCUGACCACCAAGUACGACAUCAUCGCUCUCGCGUUUGUCACCGGGUUCUGGGACAAGAGGCAAAAAGGUGAGCUACCGGCAUUGAACUUCGCUUUCCACUGCAAGGAUUCCGUAUCGACCGACUACCCGUACCUGCUGCGUUGCCCCGAGAUUGAAAACGGUAUCAAGGAGUGCCAAAAGAUGGGUAAGAAAGUUCUGAUAUCGGUUGGUGGCGCCACGGGGGAUGGGACUCUACCAAGCCCAGCCAAGGCCAAAGAACUUGCCAAUACCUUCUACGAUCUCUUCCUUGGUGGGAGCAGGUUCGACGGCACUACGAACCUCAGGCCGUUUGGAAGGUUAGUGAUGGUGUGGAGGGCCCUGUUGCGCUGUGCUAGCGGAAUAGACCUUAAUAUUCAAGCAGGAAGUGGACAAUACUACGAGCACUUGAUCCGCGAAAUGCGUCGACUCAUGGACGCUGACCUGUCUCGGGAAUACCUGAUCACGGGCGCACCCCAGUGCCCAUACCCCGACCAUUACUUGGGGCCUGGAGCCGGAACAGGGCUUGGUGAGGCAGGAGAACUUGUUGACCAUCUGUACAUUCAAUUCUACAAUAACUUCUGUCAUACCGGUGCCGGCAAUGACUUCUAUAAGAGCUUGAAUAAGUGGCUGGACUUUGCCAAUAAGCGAUAUCCGCGUGGGCCACUCAUAUUUGUGGGUCUUCCCGCUGCGACUGGUGGAGCGAGCGACGCUCAGUUCUACAGACCGCCUUCGGAGCUCAGAACAAUGUAUCAGAAAGUCCGUGAUCUGCCCGGUAUUGGAGGGAUCAUGCUGUGGGAUGUUUCCUGGGAUCAGAACAACGUGAUCAGCGGUAAACGCUACUCAGAGUACGCAUUUGCAGUGCUUAAGAGCUCAACAGUGACCCCAGUCCCUCCAACAACAGCCGCACCUUCAGGCUCGUUCACUUGUACUGAUAAAGAUGAUGGUUAUUAUCGCGACACAGCAGACUGUGCCAAGUACUUCCAGUGCGUCGGAGGCAGGAUGUACACGUUUUACUGCCCUUCAGGAUUUGUGUUCAACACGGUUGCCAACAUUUGUGAUUGGCCGGCAAAUGUCACGUGCUAAGCAAAUACUGCGCUUACCUGAUGCUUAUUGAGUAUUGCAAUUUUAAAUGUAUCAUUUUAAAGUGGUAGAGUAAAUAAAGCUUGAUCAAACUGA